AUGCAGGUGAGUAUAUCUCCCCCACUUCAAUGCUUUUUCUCUCUUUCGAAGUCUGACUUGGGAACCGCAGGUACUCCAGCGAAGCCAACCGCACCACGUUUGUCUGCCGUCCUCGACAGGAGCUUGUUCGUUGCGACGCCGAUAUCUCCGAGGUUGGUAGAAAAUUUGAACGAUGACUUGACGGCAUCGCCGUAUCACGUUGAGCCCUAUCCACCCCGCGAGUCCGGCGAACUCCAGAACCUGCCACCUUCCCCUGAGAGGCGUCGUUUGGAGGGUGUUUACGACCGUUUUUUGAUGGCCACUACUGGUGUAAAACGAGUUGGCAAGGGAUACCAAUCCGAUAAUUUCAGACCCCUCCAGAAUACCGCUCCUUUGGAUGCCGGCAAGUUACCCGCAGGCCAUUCUCGUACAUUCGGCGUCUUCGGCACUAGCAAACGUCAAAUGCCCCCUCCUGUAUCCAGCGAUGAUGUUUGGUGCCGAGCAUCCAUCGACGAGCUUGGCUUCACCACCUGCAGUAAUGCAAUCCGCUCCACGCCACGCACGUCCAAGGAUGAUAACAAGAACACCGCUGCGCUGGUCCGACGUGCGAUCAAGGCGAUAGUGCCUGGCAAGACGGUCUCCAGAAGGUUGUCCCGCACCUUGAUCGCCUAG